GCUUUAGGUAUUAUUUUCGCCUUCAGGGCCAGAUAUAAUUUACUGAAGGAAUAAAGUAAUUUAGCGUGUAAGUUUUAUACGCACCAGGUAAAUUAUGCCACUGUCGACGCACACUUCUGAUGAGUUGCGAAGUUUGUAAACUUUAAUUGAAACAUUGUUCAGCUUCUAUAAUGAAGACAGUUGCGAUUUUCUUUAUUUUCUGUUGCAUCGCCGUUCUUCUGGUGGAAGGAAGACAAAAAGGCAGAAGAAAGGGUGGAAACGGUAAAAGUCGCGGAGGUAUGAAGGUAAAAGUCGACGCACAUGGAAACAUGCUCACACGCCAAAUAGAACUGAUGUUUAGGCAACACAACUACGAGUUGAGCUUACGACCCACCGGGAAGGGAGACCGUCCUACACACGUUGAGCUGGCACUUAUGAUUGAAAGCAUAACCGACAUAUCGGAAAAGAAUAUGGACUUGACCUUUACUCUUUGCAUGCACGAGACGUGGCAAGACCGCAGGUUGCAAUUCGUGGGAGAGAAUAGCAACCAAAGCGUGGUACUGCCAAGUCGCCUUAUCGAUAAGUUGUGGGUGCCAGAUUUAUACAUAGUCGGUUCAAAAAGCUCUUUCACUCACAAGACAACCGUGGAUAAUGUAGUUCUGCGAAUUUUUACCGACGGGACGAUCCUGUACAGUUUGAAAAUUACUACAACUGUUGCCUGUCAAAUGAGCCUGUACAAUUUCCCUCUGGAUAUGGAAAACUGCACCCUUUCUUUUCAGAGCUUGGGUUACAGCAGCAAUGAGCUGACUUUACACUGGUCAUCUCGCGAAGACAGUCAAAAUCUAUUUAUGGACGAACGGCUCGUAAAGAACAUGCCCAAAUUUCAACUUUUACACCACCAGUUUCACUCUUGGAACGUCAGCAUGCUAGCAAUGGACGGGUUUGUACCAAUGACCCGCUGUAGUUUGUCAGUCAGCUUCGAGUUGAAACGAUACCUCUUAUCAGUCUUCUUUCAAUCCUAUUUCCCAGCAAUGGCGAUGGUUCUGCUUGCAGGGCUUGGUAUGUGGGUCGACCCGAAAUCUGUUCCAGCGCGGGUCGCACUUGGCGUCACCUCAGUACUCACUAUCUCGACUAUUAUUGCUGGCCUUAAAUCUUCCCUGCCAAAGGUUUCUUACCUCACGGCCAUGGACAUUUAUUUAUGGGCGUGUUUUCUAUUCGUGUUUUCAACUGUGUUAGAAUACUGUGUUCUCAAUUACAUGAUGACGCAAGCAGGGAGUGAAAAAUCUCAGGUGGCAUCCACCGCCAUGUCGCUGCGCUCUUGCUGGUAUCGAACAGCUCGGCGCGAUCCUUCUUCUCUCGACGGAUAUUUCCGUGUCGGAUACUUAAUAACUUUCCUUGUGUUCAACGUAGCGUACUGGAGUUAUUAUGUCAUAGCCACGCAGCACGAACUGGUGUCAACAGAAUAAUAGCACAUGCCCAUAUACUGCGCCAAACGAUAUUUCGGCAACUUCACCGCGUUUUCUCUCUCCCUGAAUUUUCAAUUUGCUGAAGGUUAAUUAACGAGCAGUUUAUUAAGUUUACUGAAGACGCAAAUUGGAGCCGAUGGACCACGUAAUUCGUAAGCCUCAAGAGACUGCUUGGUUGACAUUUUCCAAAGUGAUAUUUUCUAUUGGCAAAGUCAUUACAGCUAUAUUGACCACUCAACUUUACGUUAAUCAAUUUACUUUUGAUGCUCGGUUUUACUGUUUAUUCCAGUAUACUAUAAAGGUUUUAAUUGUUUUAAACAGAGCAAUAAGAAAUCACACGCAAAUGCGC